CCGUAAUACGCCGUGUCGUAAAAUUCAGUUAACAACAGAAACCGAGAUGGACACCACCGAAGACGCCUGACAGUUUCUGUCUUUGUCCCUAAUUGUUAUCUGAAAUGUUUAUGUAGUGACGCCAGGCUUCAGCACACAGGACCGGUUGUGAAAAUGGAGGCCAUGGAAGAUGACAGUUUGGAAAUAAAAGACGACCAUAACCACAACUAUUGUGCGAGCAGCGGCAGUAAAGUCCGCACGUAUCUGAGUAGCCAGCUGUCGGAUGGAAGCGCCGUCCCGCAGCCCGCCUGUACACCGGCGCCGGGAGGAGAACCGGGGAGUCGACGAGGGAAACUGAGGUCCGGUAGCACCGGGGGGUCUAAGUUCAUGGACUCUGAUUCAGGCAGCGAGAGCAGCGAAGUCAGCGAGACUGACAGCACGGCUCCGCCAGCUGCUGAGGGAAAAUUCACCCUCGAUUCUACUUCCAAGUUCCUGCUGAAUGCAAUGGCUGUAGAAGACUACCGGAAAAACCAUUGGCCAAACCUGGAGAAGGCAAUCGACCGUCUGCUGAUCCAGAGUCCAACAGACCACAUCUCUGUUUCUUAUGCACAAAUAUACAGUUACGUCUACAAGUGUGUUUGCCAGCAGCACUCUGAGCUGCUCUACAAUGAUUUGACAUUAAAAAUAACAAAUCAUCUCCAACAGGUUUCAACCCAUCUACAAGCCAGCCCACCUGAGAACUUCAUUGAGAACUUUAAUGUUGCACUGACGCAAUACACAGCUUCUCUUCAGUGUAUAGUUCCUGUGUUUAUGUACUUGAACAAGUUCUACAUCGAGUCAAAGCUGAACAGAGACCUAAGAGAGGAUCUGAUGAAGCUGUUUGCUGAUCAUGUCGCAGAAAUACACGUGAACACACUGAUGCCUCUUCUCAUCAAAGCUCAUUCCAUGCCGUUUCAAGUGCAGCCAUCUACAAUGGCCAGUGUGGUUAAAGGCCUCUACAGCCUCCGACCAGACUGGGCCCAGUUAGCCCCUGCUCUCUUCUCUGGGUUUAUUCCCCAAAUCAACCCCCCAGCUGUGGAGUCUCUGCUGCCUGACUACGCCGCUCAUGACCAGAAGUUACAGAUGGAGCUCUCCAUGAACGGAUUCCCGCGAGGUGACCAGUCUCGCAAGCGGGCCAGUGAAGACUCUUGAUAGCAGAGCCGCCGUCACCAGAUUCAAUGCAGAACUGUUACUGUGCCUCCUACAUCUUUAUCACAAGUUGGCUCACUGCACUAGGUACAAUGUUGACAAUGUGUCAGUUUCUUCUCUGUCCUAAGUCCCUAAACACUGUGAACAACAAAGACAGCUCGGUGUUGGGUUGCUGAGCAGAAGCGUAAUCUUACUGCACUAAAAACAAGCACACAGACUUCCAUUAUGGUGCUUUCCUCUGUGAUGCAUCCAGCUUCAGUAUUUGUGGGAUGCUGCUGUGUGUGCUGAGAUGGGUUUCUUCAUGUUCUCCUCAUUUGAAGAGUGCCUUCAUGGUGCCUUCUGAUCGGAUAUCCUUAUGAGGGAUAGGCUGAUGAUGGGUAUUUCAUUCCUAACCUUUAACAUGGAAGUGUCUUUUUGAUAGACUGGGCUAAUCAAGACUUUCUAUUGCUGCUAAUAAUACUGUCCAUGUGAUAAUACUACAGCUCCCUCAGUUUCACCCACUGUGUCUGUAACCCAGCGGCUUCACUCAACUCAAACAAGCACGGAAAGAAAUGAGAACAAGAGGAACUAAGUCAUUGACCUCAACUAUGAUUCUCUUCUUCAUGUUGCCUUUACUGUGUUGGUAAACCGGAUUGUAUUUUCCCGUUACGCCAAAGAGGAUUUGCAGUUCAUUUUAUAUAUAAUGCAUUGGAUUCAAGCUGACAUUGUUAAUGUUGUAUGCUGUCUGAGUCACUGAGCCAUUAAUUUUUUUAUACUAACACAUUUUGAGCUUUGGUUGUUUAUUAGGCUCUAGUCAAAUUCUAACUUUAGAUAUGACUUGUCUGUUUUAGCCUUGCAUGUAGGAUUGGCAGCGACUGCCAUGGAGGACAUUACAUGAUGUACUUGCCAGAAAACUUAAACAACCACUGAAUGGUGUUUGACAAUUUCCUAAUUUGACCUCAGCUUGUUUGGCAAAUAAAUUGUCCCUAAAAUGUAAAUAUAUCAAUGAUGCUUCAUCACAUUUACAUAAAGAAUUAGGCUUGGGUGGUAUCUUUUUUUUCCAUACCUUCUUGUUAAUUCACCAGGGUAUAUGGUAUAUAACGGUAUUUGUGUUGGGGGGGGGAAACCCGUCAGAACCAGAACCAUCUUGGUUAGUCUCCAUUUUCCAACAAUCACCAACUCUGGUUUGGUCAAAACAAACCCCUGAUUCACCGACUUUUUCUACAUACUGUUUUUUACCAGCGGUCUGUCUCUGCAAUUGCUUACCAGCUUUAAAAGUCCUGUAACUUUAUCCCCACCACUCACAGUCACCAUCAGUCUCAGCUCAUAUGCCGGCGCCACUUGUAGAGACUGACCUCUGGUGGUGCACAUUGUGCACUACAAAACAUCACCUCAAUACCGCAUCUCCAUAUCAGUUUAAUAGGAAGAAGAGUGUCUGUAUUUUUGACAGUAUUAAAGAAAUCAUACUCUCUGGAUUUCUAAAUACCCUAAUAUACCGUAAUACCUUAAUACCGCUCAAGCCAAAAAAGAAUGAUAUGCAAAUGCCAUUUGGCCCGAGUCUGGCUUACUUAAAUGUUCCUAACAUGAAUAGCCUGUCAGCGAUGUAAAUAGUUUUUGGUCUUUGCAUAGUAGUCAGUGUACACUAGCUUUUGUCACAGAUGCAUUUUUUGUUGAAUGAUUCACUUGAAUAGGAUUUGAUACAAGGUCUUACACUGUUUUAAGUGUAAAUAGAUGCUCAUGGUUCUCAUCAUCUUUCAAAUAAACUAAUUUCAUUA